AUGAUCAAAUACGCGGUAGUCGCGUUAGCCUUCUUUGUUGCAUGUGACGCCUUCCUUUUUGGAGGCAGUAGUGGCGGCAGCAGCUGCUGCCCCGCUCCUGCAGCACCUGCAUGCCCACCUCCAUGUCCUCCUCCAUGUCCUCCACCUUGUCCUCCUCCAUGUCCAGCGCCAUCUGGAGGCUGCGGAGGCGGUAGCAGUUGCGGAGGCGGUGGCGGCUGUGGAGGCGGUGGCGGCUGUGGAGGCGGUGGCGGCGGAGGCUGCGGUGGAGGUGGCGGC